AUGAUCAAACGACCUUUUAAAAUACGAAAGUAUUCCAUAAUACCGAGCCUACACCAAAAAACCCCACCUCAUGAACCUGUGCCAAAUUUCGACUCCGAUAAAAGAUUUUCUCAAGCUCUUAAAAGAAAUGAAAGACGACUAAGAGAAUACGAAGAUGCUAUUGAAUUGUCCAAACAGUAUAAACAACACCGGCUGAACUUGAUAGACAUUCUUCUGGAUGGGGCCAAUAUUGGUGCCAUGUUUGACCAUGAUCCCAAAUGCAAAAUGUCAACUUAUGAAGAGAUGUGUAAAGAUAUAGGAGGAAAUCAGGGCUAUAUGGCGUACAAUGACAUUGAAAUGAGAAACACGAUGAUGUUGGUUGCGAGUUUAUUCAUGGAGAAUGUGGUUUCUGAGAUGAAAUUAAGAUGUGUUAGGGUUGAUCUUGAGAGUGAUGGAUUUUUCAAUCAGAUUAAAUCAUCCACUGAGUUUAUUUCGUUGGAGCAGUAUCGUUUGAAUUUCCAUGCAUACAAGUCUUCACAAUGGUUGAGUACUGCAAAUGCUGAUACGAGCAAUGGUAUCAACCCCAUUGUAUUCAAACUGAGCAAACAUAGUUCUGGUCCAAUAAUAAAAUCACUUGAAAUUGCAUUUGAGCACUAUGCAUCUUCCACAAGCAAGUUAGCUCACUUACAAUUGGCCUUGCAAAUUGUUCAUAUCUUGACCUCUCCUCAUGACAAUAUACCCACGAUAAAACUAUGGCUGUACCUACUUGACAAACUCGGCAAUUGCCAGUUAAUAAACUAUCAACAAAUUGUCUAUUUGUCAUUGUUUCAAUACAAACACCAACCAACAGUUCUUGCUGAUCCACCACCAACUGCUGACUCCAUAUUUGCACCUUUGAUGGCUGAUCAUUUUGUUCAUUUGAUUGCCCAGGAUCCAGAAAUGCUAAUUCCAUUACUUCGGUAUCAACUACUUCGUAAAGAUGAAACAAUGUUUUUGGAGCUAUUGUCGUUCUUGACAUUGGACAAGAUUGCCAGUGAAAUGCAAGUUAUCAAAUCACCGAUGUUGUCAAAAUCAAAAUACAAAAUGCCGAAAUAUGUCCCUGGUCUCGAUCUUGAUGAGAGAUUAUUAACAAUAUCACGAGCCAGCAUGUAUCAAAUUAUGGAAAUGGCAAUUGAAUUUCAAUUGUACCAGUACCUUGACUUAUUAUUCAACAAGAUUGUGUUGCAUUCUCGUGACAGGAGCCUGAUUGAACUCAAUUAUGUCGAGGAUGUAUUGGUUGAAGGAAAAGUAUUUGAUGAUGCAUUGUUUGGUAUACUUUUGGAUGCUGCUGUAAAAUCGAAUGAUUUGGGUCGUGUUGUGUGGCUCUUGCCUUUUAUUGAUGAGUAUAUUGUCGAAGUUGGUGUGAUGAAUGACGAAUUGCAAGCGCAGUUGUUGUCUACAUUGCGAUUUUUCAAUCUCGAAGGUAAGUUGAAGAGUUAUGAGGACAUACUUGACAAUACCAAAUAG